CUACAAAUUAGCUAUCAUCGUUUUCGGUUUUAGUCUUUGUUUUUUUUGAGUAUUAUUAUUGGAUAUUCAAGAAAUGAAGACUAAAACAUUUGUGUUUACUAUUGCUUUAUGCGUUUUAUGUGAAUGUGUUGUUGGUGGAUUACCUAGAAGACCCGUUAAUGUUCCAUUUCACAAGAGCUACGUUCCGUCAUGGUCAAGCCAUCAUAUUAGGUACUUUAAUGGUGGCGCCAAUGUAGAUCUCGUGCUCGAUAAGAACUCAGGAACUGGCUUUCAAUCAAGGGAUUCUUAUUUGUUCGGGCAUUUUAGUAUGAGAAUUAAAAUGGUUGGAGGUGAUUCAGCUGGAGUUGUAACUGCCUUCUACCUUUCAUCACAAAACUCCGAGCAUGAUGAGAUAGAUUUUGAGUUUUUGGGGAACAGAACAGGCCAACCAUACAUUUUACAGACCAACGUUUUCACGGGAGGAAAAGGCGACAGAGAACAAAGGAUCUACCUAUGGUUUGAUCCUUCAAAGGAUUUCCACACCUACUCCGUCCUUUGGAACAUGCAUCAAAUCGCGUUCUUUGUUGACGACGUACCAAUAAGGAUAUUCAAGAAUAGUAAAGACCUAGGAGUAAGAUUUCCAUUCAAUCAACCCAUGAAGAUAUAUUCAAGUCUUUGGAACGCUGAUGAUUGGGCAACAAGGGGUGGCUUGGAGAAGACCGAUUGGUCAAAAGCACCUUUUAUAGCAUCGUAUACUCAAUUCCACGUUGACGGUUGUGAUGCAGCAUCACCUCAAUCAGCACAAGUAUGCUCAACACGCGGAAGGAUGUGGUGGGACCAGAAGGCUUUCCAAGAUCUCGAUGGUAUACAGUAUAGGAAACUUCAAUGGGUAAGGAAGAAGUUUACUAUCUACGAUUACUGUGUUGAUAAAUCCAGGUUUCCCAAUCCUCCGCCAGAGUGUGGACGAGACAAAGAUAUCUAAGUUAGAUAGUAGUGGGAAGCUUGAAGGAAAUGUGGAAGCAAUGUGAGAGAUAUCUAGACAGUGUCCACAAAAUCAAACUUAGAUAGUUGUUGGUGCUCUUAUGGCAAGAUUUGAUGCGUGAUUUUCUUGCUAAAUCAAUAAAAUAACCAAAAUUAUUGGGGGUUUUUCUUCCUUGUUCUUUGACCAUUAGCAUCAGUGUUAUUCUUCAAUUCUUGAAAACGGAAUUAGAGUAUGACUUUCGUU